AUGGUAAAAUCAUUGUCAUGGGACGAGAUUAAUUGCGAGAUUCAACCAUGGCUCAAGGAAGCUGUUGAUAUCAUGGGUUUCGCUACUAUGACUCCGGUGCAGGCGUCGACCAUUCCCAUGUUCAGCGGGAAUAAAGAUGUAGUUGUGGAGUCCGUCACAGGUUCUGGUAAGACUCUGGCCUUUGUGAUGCCUAUACUCCAAAACCUCUCGGGAGGUCACAUAUCCCCUUUCAAAAUGAAACGCGGUCACUUUUUUGCACUGAUCAUAUCGCCCACACGAGAGUUGUCAAAUCAGAUAUUCAAGGUGUUUAACUCAUUCCUCACACCCUUCCCAGAGAAAGAGGAGCUAAUCAAAUGCCAACUCCUUGUCGGUACCGGUGCGUCAUCAGUACGAGACGAUUUGAAUCAUUUUCUUGAGUACACUCCUCAGAUUUUGAUCGGAACGCCCGGCAGAGUCCAAGACUUUUUGAAGUCAUCCGCUGUGAAGACCUCAUCAUGCGAAUAUUUAGUUCUUGAUGAGGCUGAUAAACUUCUGGAUAUGAAUUUCCUCAAAGAAGUAGAAAACAUUUUGAAGCUACUUCCUAAGCAGAGACGAACGGGCCUCUUUUCGGCCACCUUGAGGAGUGCAGGUAAUCAAAUUUUCAAGGCGGGAAUGACAAAUCCCGUCAAGAUCUCUGUAAACUCGAAGUCAAGAAAUCCUGAAAGUUUACACAUCAAUUACACGUUAGUACCUUCCGACAUAAAACUUGAUCUUUUGAUUCACCUUCUAAACACGACCAAGUUCAAAAAGUGCAUUGUUUAUCUGCCCACAUGUGUCGGCGUAACUUACAUUUAUGCGUUCAUGAAGUAUCUGAGCAAGUCCGGGGUCCUUUCAGAUGAUUUAAAUGUAUAUUCUCUUCAUGGGAAGCUACAAACCUCUUCGCGUCUCAAAACGCUAGACACCUUCUCAGGCACCGUUUCUAAGUCCGUUCUUCUAACGACAGAUGUUGCCGCGCGGGGCAUCGAUAUACCAGAAAUCGACUUUGUCUUACAACUAGACCCUCCGCAUGACGCUGAGGUUUUUCUGCACAGGUGCGGGAGAACGGGUAGGGCAGAGAAAGAAGGAAGGGCCAUUGUUUUUCUCAAUCCUGGCAGAGAGGAGGAUUACGUGAGAUUUUUGGAAGUGAAAAACGUUUCACUCUCCAGAGUAGAUUUUGAUAUAAACUCCCUUGGUCAAGUUCUUCGCAAAUUUAGAGAUUGGUCAUUGGAGGAUAGGGCACGAUUUGAACAUGGUGUUAAAGCUUACGUCGCAUUCAUAAGGUACUAUUCCAAGCAUAGUGCACAAUCCAUAUUUAGGCUUCAAAAUUUUGAUUACAUUGGGGUUGCCAAAUUGUACGGUCUCGUGCGCCUGCCACGGAUGCCUGAAAUAACGAAAUAUUUGGGAGAUAGAACACCGGACGACGGUUGGCUGGUUGAUAGUCCUUUUGAUCUUGACGCUAUACCGUACGCCAAUAAGCAGAUGGAGCUCGCAAGGCAACAAAAAAUAAGAGAAGCAGGUGUGGCAGCAGAUCAAAAGAAACAGAAAAGGAACCAAGAAAAGCGUAACAUGGCAUGGUCGAACAAAACUGCCGCUAAAGAGGCCAAGGCUGGCAGGAAAGUUAAAAUGGCCUCCAAAAGGAAAGCCAUCGAAGAGAAAAUUGCCAAUGAAGAAAGUAGCGACGACAGUGAUAUUCAAGAAGACUGGAAAGAUCUUGUCCGCAAGAACAAAAAAUGUAAGCACUCAGGGGAGGUCCAAGGUGCAUUUUCCGAUCUUUAG